AAUGGCCACCGUAAACGUUAACCGCAGUGUGACGGACAUCUUUUAUCGCUAUAAGAUGCCACGUCUGCAGGCAAAGGUAGAAGGAAAGGGAAACGGCAUCAAGACCGUCCUUGUGAACAUGGCUGAAGUGGCUCGGGCCAUAGGACGACCGGCUACCUAUCCGACUAAAUAUUUUGGAUGUGAGCUGGGCGCCCAGACUCUGUUUGAUCAUAAGAACGAGCGUUUUGUUGUGAAUGGAUCGCACGAUGUAAACAAGCUGCAAGAUUUGUUGGAUGGCUUCAUUCGCAAGUUUGUGUUGUGCCCUGAAUGCGACAAUCCGGAAACCAACCUGACUGUAUCUGCCAAAAAUCAGACUAUUUCGCAGUCAUGCAAGGCCUGUGGCUUCCAUGGUCUCCUGAAGGUCAACCACAAAGUAAACACGUUCAUUGUGAAAAAUCCUCCAUCGCUUAAUCCAGCCGCCCAAGGAUCGUCACUAACUGAGGGCAAACGCGCAAAGAAACAAAAGCAAAAGAACGAUAACUCUGAUGGCUCCAUAUCCAACAACUCUUUAGCCAACAACUCCGGCGGAGAAUCGGACGGCGGAAAUGGAACAAACCAGGCUAGCCAAACUGAGGCGGAAAUAAGCGCUGCCAUUCCGGAAAAAAAUAUUAAAGAGGACGAUGAAGGAUGGAGCGUUGAUGUUUCGAAGGAGGCUAUACGUGCUCGUUUGCAAGAUCUGACAGAUGGUGCUAAGGGCAUGACUAUUUCCGAUGACUAUGAUAAAACUGAAAAAGAGCGUAUUGAUAUUUUCUAUGAAUUAGUGAAGCAAAAGCGGGACAAUAAGCAAUUAGAUGAUUUAGUAACCCAUAAAGAACUGUUUAUCGAAGCGGAACGUUUGGAUAUUGUUAGCAAAGCUCCACUGGUCCUCGCUGAGCUUCUUUUCACUGAAAACAUCAUCAAGGAUGUUAAUCGUAACCGAAUCUUGCUUCUUCGCUUCACAUUUAAUAAUCCAAAAGCACAGCGUUAUUUAAUUGGUGGAGUUGAACAAACUGUUGAGCUCCAUACAAGUACCCUAAUGGCCAAGGUAGCUGGAAUCUUUAAAACGUUAUAUGAUAUAGACGUACUCGACGAAGCUGUCAUACUGCAGUGGGCUCAGAAAGUCAGCAAACGACAUGUCCCAAAAAAAAUUGCUACUGAGAUACACGAAAAAGUUAUGCCUUUCGUCCUGUGGCUUAAAAACGCCGAAGAAGAAUCAGAAUCCUCUGAUAACGAUAAUAAAAAUGAAGAUGAAGUUGUAGAUGAAGAUGAAGAUGAAGAUGAUUCAGAUGUUGAAGAGAAAAAUAAUGAGGAAGAUGAGAUUGACAUUGAUGGAAUCUAAAAAAACAGCUACUUUCAAUCAGGACUAUUUUGGAAUGAAAAAUCAAACGAACGCAAUCUACAAAUUCAAACUGAAAUAUAAAUUAGCGAGUUAAAUCAACAAAUGGUUUUUUGAUUUUUAGUUUCUAAGAUUGCUUAUCGUAAAUACUAUUAAGCACUACCGGGUUGCUUUAUUUUGAUUUAUCGCUUUACUACCAUUCAAUUGCUAGCAUUACAUUACCCAAGCCGCUGUAACAAUAGACGAUAACUGAACUUAAUUACACCACUCAUAUAUUACAAAAUAAAGGAAAAAAGCAAAAGCAAGAAAUGCGAAAAUGUA